AUGUCCGACAAUCUAUAUCAUUCCCUUCCCCAAGGGCCGAACGAUGAUCAAAGUAACCCAUAUCACACUGGACAACCUCAAUCUCAGCCUCCUAUCGCCCAAUCACCAUAUCAGCAAGCUGGAUUCAACUACAAUGCUUCAAUGUCGAAUCAGCCACACAAUGGCUCACAGAUGGGACCACCCAGCGCAUCGUCAUAUGGUGCUCCCCAAGCGCAAGGAUAUUUCCCAGAUGCUGGUACGCAAGCACAGGAUGGAGGGCUGGCAGCGCAGAUGGGUGGGUUAGGACUGGGAGAAGUUGCGACACAUGGCAGAAAGAAAAAGAAGGACCGACAUGCCUACCAUAACGUCGAGCCCACGGGAUCGUCUGCGGCUUUCAAUGGUAUACCGCAAGGCAAUGCUCCUCCUGCAGAAUUCUUGAAUUCCAACCCAGCGGCAAUGCCUGGUCAGCCUCAAGGAUCAUACGCGAAUGCCCAGAUUACGCCUCAAAUGUCACAAUUUCCUGCUGCAGUCAAUGCUCCUUUCAACCCCGCGAGUCUUGCUUCCCCUGCCGAGUUUGCUUCUCGAAGUGGAGCGGCCGAACCUGGAUUCACUGCGAACAUGCAAGCUUCUGCUCAAGGCCGAGUAGACCCAGAUCAGACUCCAAGUGUUCCCAGAUCAAGAGAUGCCAUCGCGCAAUACUACCUAAAAAAUGUUUACCCGACCUUCCACCAACAUGUUCCUCCUCCGGCAUCCGUGCCCUUCGUUGCCUCCGAUGAAGGGAACUCCUCUCCUAAAUUCGCCCGACUCUCUAUGAACAGUAUUCCAUCAGCAUCCGAUGCGCUCCAGUCGACCGGUCUCCCCCUUGGCCUUCUCCUACAACCACUCGCUCCUUUGCAGCCAGGCGAACUAGAGAUACCGGUGUUAGACUUUGGAGAAAUCGGUCCCCCGAGAUGUCACAGAUGUCGAGCUUAUAUCAAUCCAUUCAUGGUUUUCAAAAAUGGGGGAAAUAAGUUUGUAUGCAAUAUGUGCAACUAUGCGAACGAUGUUCCAGCAGAAUAUUUCUCGGCAACUACACCAACAGGGGCUCGCUUAGACAGAGAGCAACGACCAGAGUUGAUGCGUGGAACUGUCGAAUUUUUGGUUCCUAAGGAAUACUGGUCGAAGGAGCCUGUUGGACUCAGGUGGCUAUUCCUCAUCGAUGUUGGUCAAGAAGCUUUCAACAAGGGGUUCUUGGAGGGAUUCUGUGAAGGAAUCAUGGCAGCUUUGUAUGGGGACGAAGGCGAGAACGGCGAGUCCAAGCGGAGAAUUCCGGAAGGUGCCAAAGUUGGUUUCGUGACAUUUGACAAGGAUAUCCAUUUUUACAACAUGAACCCUGCAAUGGAUCAAGCUCAGAUGUUAAUCAUGCCCGACAUUGAGGAUCCUUUCGUGCCACUUGAGGAGGGUCUAUUCGUUGAUCCCUAUGAAGCGAAGUCGAAUAUCACUUCGCUGUUGAGCCAACUCCCGGCGCUCUUCUCGCAGAUCAAGAAUCCCGAACCAGCUCUUCUGCCGACGUUAAAUGCUGCUCUAGCUGCUCUUGAAAGGACUGGCGGGAAAAUCGUAUGUUCAUUGGCAGCUUUACCGACCUGGGGUCCGGGGCGUCUUUUCCUCAGAGAUGACGGCAAGCAGCAUGGUGGUGAUGCCGAGAAGAAACUUUUUAGUACGGAACACCCAGGCUGGCGGAAAGCUGCUGAAAAGAUGGUCGCUGCUGGUGUUGGCGUGGACUUCUUCAUGGCUGCUCCUGGUGGCGGUUACCUCGAUAUCGCAACGAUUGGCCAUGUUUCUGCCACGACUGGCGGCGAAACGUUCUAUUACCCCAACUUUGUAUCCCCGCGAGACACCGAAAAGCUUUCACAUGAGGUUGUACGCACCGUUACUCGAGAGACUGGAUAUCAAGCGCUGAUGAAGGUCCGAUGUUCCAACGGUCUACAAGUCUCUGCCUACCACGGAAACUUCUUGCAACAUAAUUUCGGAGCUGAUGUUGAAUUUGGUGUGGUCGAUGCAGAUAAAGCGAUGGGAAUCAUGUUCAGCUACGAUGGAAAGCUCGAUUCGAAACUCGAUGCCCAUUUCCAGAGCGCUCUGCUGUACACGACAGCAAGUGGUGAGCGGAGGGUCCGAUGCUCCAAUGUCAUUGCAAGUGUGAGCGAAAAUGCGAAGGAUUGCAUGAAGUUUAUCGACCAAGAUGCAGUCUAUUCGCUAAUAGCCAAGGAAGCUGCCGCGAAGAUGGCGACAGCCUCUCUGAAAGAUAUACGAGGAGCAUUGACCGAGAAGAAUAUCGAUGUUCUCGCUGGGUACAGAAAGAACUUCUCUGGAUCGCAUCCUCCGGGACAACUUGUUCUACCAGAAAACCUCAAGGAACUCAGCAUGUAUGUCCUAGGCCUGAUCAAAUCUCGAGCAUUCAAAGGUGGACAAGAACCCACAGAUCGCCGUGUCCACGAGAUGCGCAUGAUCAAAUCCAUGGGCGCCCUUGAACUCUCCCUCUACCUCUACCCCCGCAUGAUUCCCAUCCACAACCUCGCCCCCGAAGAUGGCUUCCCCGACGCAGACGGCCACCUUCUCAUGCCACCCUCGAUCCGCGACUCCUUCGCCCGCGUCGAAGAAGGCGGCGUGUACCUGAUCGACAACGGACAGAACUGCUACCUAUGGCUGCACGCCCAGACCUCUCCAAAUCUUCUGAUUGACCUCUUCGGCCCCGGCAAAGAUUCCUUAAAAGAAUUGGACCCCUACUCUUCCUCGCUUCCUAUCCUUGAGACACAUCUGAGUGCUCAAGUCCGCAACAUCCUCGAAAAUCUCAGGACGAUGCGUGGCUCAAAAGCGUUGACGAUACAGCUGGCACGACAGGGACUGGAUGGCGCAGAAUACGAGUUUGCGAGGCUGCUUGUCGAGGAUCGGAAUAAUGAGGCCCAGAGUUAUGUUGAUUGGCUGGUGAACCUCCAUCGUCACGUCCAGCUCGAGUUGACGGGUCAGAGGAAGAAGGAUGAUGGUGGUGAUAGUUCUGUUGCUUCGAAUUUUGCAGGACUAAGACCACCUUAUUGGUAG